AUGCAGCCGUUAAGCAACGCGGUCCCCUUGCUUGCCUCCAGAUCACUCUCGUACCAUUCCUCCUCGGUCCACCUCUCCACCUGCUACAAGGCCUCAUUUCUUCCUGCUAAGGUUCUCUCCGCUGUCAAGAUGCCGCCCAUGUCGUCUGCCAAGAGCGUUGUCUCUGGCACUUCUGCGGAAGCUCCAUCAGGCGUGGAAAACGUUGAGGAGGCCGUCUGUGGGUCGACUUCGGUGCUUUCUUCAAGCCUAACCGUUCGUCUGGAGGAGAAGACGUUGGACGCCGCCUGGCAUGACUGGCGGACAAAUGAAAGCCUCUCGGAUUCGUUCAGCGCGAAUGUGCCGCGGAAAGCCUGUCCUUUGGACAUUUGGUCGCUACGUGCGCGCCGUAUCAUUUGUGGUAAGCAGGACUGA